AUGAAUCUUCCUUUAUUCCGUCGCUUGUUGCCUAAGCCGGUCGCCAACAAUGGGUCGCAGCUGCGUGAUCAUCAGGCCAACGAGCGGACGUUCCUUUCUUGGAGCCGCAUGGGAUUAGCUUUUGCGGCUAUGUCACUUGCUCUCGCUCGACUGGAUAUCAUUGACAACAUAUUCAAUCGUCGAAGCCGCGACGGGGCAAUCGCACCCACUCAAUCCGCGUCCCGGGCCGCAAUUGAAACUAAAAGUCCAGGCCAAGCACACUCUCAAGUGACGAAAGAAACACCUGUUCCUCUUGGAUAUGCGAGUGAUCGCGUGGCUAGUCGCGUCUGCCAGGCCAUCAGUAUUUGGUCAUUUGGAUAUUCACUUGCCCGGUAUGUCUCCGUUCGAAGAAACCUAUUGCAAGGACGUUACGUCCCAUCAAUCUGGGGGCCUGUCUUGAUAACAUGUGGCUCUCUCACUGUUUUUGGUAUGACACUGAAGUUGGAAUGA